AUGCUCGACCGCGACGAAGAACACACGGCGUUCAUCACUGACAGAGGCCUCUACUGCUACAAAGUGAUGCCCUUCGGUCUCAAAAACGCCGGGGCAACCUAUCAACGCCUCGUCAACAAGAUGUUCGCGGGGCAAAUAGGAAAGUCAAUGGAGGUUUAUGUGGACGACAUGCUGGUAAAGAGCAAGAAGACCGAGGACCAUGUGGAUGACCUUAGGAGGAUGUUUGGCGUUCUCAGAGCGUACAAAAUGAAGCUAAACCCCCGUAAGUGUGCCUUCGGCGUAGCCUCUGGGAAAUUCUUAGGUUUCAUGGUGAGCAGUCGAGGAAUCGAGGCAAAUCCAGAAAAGAUUCAUGCCCUCCUCGACAUGGAAUCGCCAAGGAAGCCCAAGGAGGUCCAGAAGCUGACAGGACACUAUUCCCAACACCUUUACCUGGCGGUCUCGGAACACGCCGUUAGCUCGGUGUUGAUCCGCGAAGAGAAGAAGGUGCAGAUGCCGGUGUAUUACACUAGCAAGCGCCUCCUCGAUGCCGAGACGAGGUAUCUCCAGAUGGAAAAGCUCGCCCUCGCGCUGAUCGUGACGGCGAGGAAGUUGCGGCACUACUUCCAGGCCCAUAGCAUUCAGGUCUUGACCAACCACCCACUCAGGCAGGUGCUACAAAAACCCGACACCUCCGGUCGGCUCUUGAAAUGGUCCAUAGAGCUCAGCCAGUUUGACAUCAACUACAAACCGCGGAAUGCCAUCAGGGGCCAAGCCCUGGCAGACUUUGUGGCAGAGUUCACAAGGUUACUGGACGACGCCGAGGAAGUGAACGAGACGCCGCGGUGGAAGCUCUACGUUGAUGGGAGCUCCAACGACAACAGCAGCGGGGCAGGGCUAGUAUUACAUACACCUGAGGGACACAAGAUCACCUCCGCCAUCAGGUUUGACUUCCCCGCCUCCAAUAACGAAGCCGAGUACGAGGCGUUGCUGGCUGGACUCCGGUUGGCGGAGCACCUAAAAGCGGGAAACCUGGACAUCUUCAGUGACUCACAGCUCAUUGUGAAUCAAGUGAAAGGCCAAUAUCAGACCCGGGAUGAGAAAAUGGCCGCGUACUUGAAGAAGGUCAAGGAAGCCCUGGGAAGUCUCGCAGCCUAUGAUAUACAGCAAGUGCCGAGAGCAGAGAAUAGCAACGCCGACGCUCUCGCCAAGUUGGCAACGUCGAGAGAUGCCGAGCUCCUGAAUCUGGUUCCCGUGGAGGUCUUGAAAGCCCUAACCACGAAGAGGAGGCCCGAGGUCGCGUCGGUGGACUACCAACCGGGUUGGAUGGACCCAAUCACCAGGUACUUAGCCCAGGGUGAACUCCCGGAGGACAGGCAGGAAGCAAAAAGGGUGAGGUAUCAAGCAGCGAGGUUUGGUGUGCCGCAUUCUCUCGUGUCUGACAACGGGAAGCAAUUCAACAACGACAACACCCGCCAAUUUUGUGAACUAUUGGGGAUCUACAAGAAUUUCUCCUUCGUUGUAUACCCCCAGUCUAAUGGACAAGUUGAGGCAGUCAACAAGAUAAUUAAAGUCACGCUCAAACGACGCCUCAACGCCCACAAAGGGAAAUGGGCAGACGAGUUGCCGAAGGUGCUAUGGGCCUACAGAACAACGAGUAGAACUACUACAGGAGAAACGCCCUUCUCGAUGGCAUAUGGGAUCGAGGUAGUACUUCCAGUCGAGGUGUCGAUCCCGACCAGCCGGAUAACCCGGUAUGAGGAAGGGAGGAACGCCGAGCUGAUGGGCUUGGAGCUCGACCUCCUGGAGGAACGGCGCACAGACGCGGAGCUAAGGCUCGCCGCUUACCGGGCAAGAACUGCUAGAUAUUAUAACAAGAAGGUCAGGCAAAAGCGCUUCGUGGUCGGUGACCUGGUCUUAAGGGUAGUAACCCCUAACACCAAACCCAGGAACUCCGGAACCUUGGGCCUAACCUGGGAAGGGCCCUACAGAAUAAGAGAAAUUGUGGCUAACGGGUCCUAUCGACUGGCGGAGCUCGAUGGUCAAGACAUCAAGCAUACUUGGAAUACAGACCAGUUAAAGGUCUACUACCAGUAA